AUGGAAGAAGAACUUAAAUGCCCAAACUGCCUGCGCAUCAUCACCAACCCCGUCCUACUCACGACUUGUCAGCACUGCGUCUGCCUGGACUGCGCCACACGACUGCAGAUGCCCCUGCCCAUGCCCCUCGUCUCCACACCCUCCCUCCUCACCUCCAAGACCCUCAAUGACUCGGGGAUCAUCGUCGGUGGCUAUGAAACGGGCAGCAUCUUCAGCGAGACCGACUCGGGAGUUGUUUGCAGUCGGCCCGACAGCUACAUAGCCAUCGGUAACGGAGCAACCGCCCAAGUAGCCAUCACCUGCCCACUCUGCUUCAACGUCACCUACUCUGACGACAAGGGGGCCCUUAGUUUGCCGCGGGCUAAAACAUUGCUGGCCAUCUCAACGCGUUACAGAGAAAACAAACAACUACGUGUUGCUUGUCAGAUUUGCAACGGUAGCAGCAGCAGUCAACAUUUGAAACCAGCUUCAAAAAUGUGCAAGGAGUGUGAGACCUUCUACUGCGACGACUGCUGCAAGAUCUACCACACGAUGGAGAAGCACGAGUUGAUGGCGGCUGACGAGGCGAGGGAGUACUUGCUUAGGAGGGAGUGCCUGUGCAGCGACCACGCCGGCGAGCAGGCGAGCAUGUACUGCGUGCCGUGCAGAGUGUGCGUGUGCGAGCUCUGUAGGCAGCAGAACCACCUGCAACAUCAACUGCAACCCCUCCUCCAGGCCAGCAAGUCUCACAAGGCGGAACUCUCACAAAUGUUACACAGUCUCUCUGAGAAGGCCAAAUCUGGCACCGAGUUCAUCGCCAGACUCAAAGGACUGCAAGAGAAAGUUGAAGAAACAAGCAGUGACUUCGAGCAGACAGUCCUCAGGCAGUGCGACCAACUGAUCGAGGCCAUCAAGCAACACAAACGGAAGUUAUUAUCUACAAUCCAGUCUGAAAAAUCCCAAAAGCUCCAAACCUUCAAGAAUCAGAUGGUCCAGUGUUCAGGGAAAGUGCAGAAAACAACCGGACUUCUGCAGUUCAGCAUUGAGGUGCUCAAGGAAAAUGACCCGGUUUCAUUUCUACAGAUUUCUUCCUCGCUUCUGAACAAAGUCUCAGAGGUCGACGCGAAUUUCGUAAAAGAAGUCGAGUUCGAACCGCGAGAAACCGCCGAAUUCGAAUACCGGAUAGAUUCGAGUCGAGUUUUGCGAGCCAUUGAAUCCCUGGAACUUGUACAGAUGAAAGCACCAGGAGUACCUCAAAUUUUAUUGGGUGAAUGUAGCGGGGAGAGCAACACGAUCACCAUCGUCUGGCAAGCCAAUCAGAUCAGGGGUGGCCACCCAGACGGCUACAACCUCGAAAUUGAUGACGGAAAUUCUGGGGCUUUUAGGAAAGUGUUCGCGGGUAAAGAAACGAUCUGCACGAUAGAGGGUCUCCACUUUGACACCCCCUACAGGGCCAGGGUCAAGGCCUUCAACGUCGCGGGGGAUAGCGGGUACAGCCAGUGCAUCACUCUGAGAACUUCGAGAGUUGCCUGGUUCACAUUCGACGCUUGCCACACUUCCGGUGACGUCCAACUGACCAACAACAACAUGACCGCCUCUUGCUCGUCUUUCGAAGAUAGAGUCGUCCUAGGCAGUGUUGGUUUCGUGAGGGGCGUGCAUUUUUGGGAGUACGUGGUAGACAGGUAUGAGAACAACAAGGACCCUGCCUUCGGGGUGGCCAGAUACGAUGUUGAUAAGCAUAAGAUGCUGGGCAAGGACGACAAGGGGUGGAGCACUUACCUGGACAACAAUCGCAGCUGGUUCAUUCACAACGGCCAACACGUGGGACGAACGCACGGUGGCAUAGGGGUGGGCAGUGUCCUCGGAGUCCUUCUUGACCUCGACCAGCAACAUCUCAGUUUCUUCUUAAACGGUGAAAGACACGGACCAAUAAUGGCUUUCACCGGCUUGACGGGGGUCUUCUACCCCGCCAUGAGUAUCAAUCGCAACGUUCAGAUCACAUUAAAUUCAGGACUUGAACCACCCUUGGUCAAUUUGGUAUCUCCCUCAAAUUUGGCACCUUCCACGAAUAAUAAUAAUAAUAAUAGUAGUUCAGGUUUUGCUAUGCAAACAGCGGCAGGUUGCAACAAUUUCCAAUUGAGGGGUGUUGACUGUUCGGAUAAGUCCAUUGCCGCAUAGAGGGGUGGACAAAAUAAAUGGAUGAAUAAAUAAAUGGAUGGAUGGAUGGAUGAACGAUUGAUCGAACAGACGAAUGAAUGAAUGGACGUGAAACUCAAAAUGUAAAUAAGUAUAUAUUUCACAUAUUUUUGUCAUCAGUUGCAUUUCUUCAAUAUGUUAAAUGUUUAUUUUUGUAUUCUAAAUUAAAUAUUAUUUCAGAUCUUUGUUUGUUUGUUUUCAAGUUUUCCAAUGUAGUGUAACAUUUUUUUUCUUUAAACAUCGCUCGGGCAAAGAUAUAACAAUCGUAUUAUUUCUAUGUAAAUAUUUUUGUGUCAAAUUAUUAAUGGAUGAAUGGAUGGUGGGAUGGAUGGAUGAGGAGAUGGAUGAAUGAAUGAAUGAAUGAAUGCUUUUUCUUAUUUGAAAUUCUUUUUUUUACGAUUUACACAAAAAUUUUAAAUUGGAAACUUGUAAAGUAACCUAGCACACCACAGUUACAACAGCACUGACACAGACAGACUGAUUUCAAAAUGUAUAUGCAAUUAUAUGAAAUUAUUAAAUAUAAUUAACGUUGUUAAUUGAUUAAUUAUCAAUUAAUUAAUUGAUUAAUCAUAUAUAAUUGAUUGGUUACGAUAAAUUUAUAUCUAAAAUGUCACAUAGACUUGAUGGAAUGCUUGUUACGCCAAAACAAUAUUGCGAAAUAAACGAAUGACCAAACGAAUGAAUGAAUAAAUAAAUGAAAGAAUGAUUAAUUGGUUGAUUGAUUGAAUGAAUGAAUGAGCGAAAUAAAUAUCAUAAAUAGUAAAAAAAAUAUAUCUAUUGUUAAUUGUAUUGCCUUUGUUAAUUGAUGUCAUUAAUGUUGAAAUUAUUAUUAUGUGAAGAAACGAAUAAAAUUCAUUGAAGCUGG